AGCGCUCAGAACAUCACCUGAUAAUUAAGUGGCAUCACCUACUACUUUUUGUACAUUUACGCACUCUGCAAUCCUGUCAAACAUUAGAUGUAACAAUUGCUUAAAUAAAUGCCAUUCGCUUUUAUAACGUGAACAAAACAACACGAUUUCGGCUUUUUGUUCUAUUUCGCUUUUCAUCGCUAUUCGUUCGAGCUCAAAAAUUCUUGCGCGACGACAUACAUUUGUUGGUGACCCCGACGUGAUACCGCGUGCAGUUACAUUGCAUACUUUGUUGCUUUUUUCGCAGUACCGUGUACAGAUCACCAGAUCCUACAGUUAACUCAUCGCGGUUAAUAGUUUUGUUGUUCGUAGUUUUUCUCCUAUUUUGCCGUGCAAAAAUAUACAGUGUACAAAUCACGAACUUCAACUGUUAAUUUAGUUGAACAGUUUCAUUUAACCGUAUUAAUAUAUAUAAACAGUUUGCCGUGCAAACAGUUACCUCGUAACAUUCGUUUAAAAAAAAAAUGUCGUUUUUAAAAAGAAAAAGUGAAGCCAUUUUACGCAAGUUAAAUUCAACACCACUUGGCAUGGAAGAACUUAAUUCCAUGGAUCAUGCAGAGCUGUCAGUCAGAUCAGAACAGCUCGAUCGUAUUCAACAUCAAUUCGAAUUAACGCAGUCACAAUUGGAGGAAGAGGACCCUGAUGAGCUUGAAACUACCACUCGCGAUGAAUUCGCGGCAACUUUCAUCAGAGUUAAGGCAGCGUUUACGAGGGAGUUAAACAAGUUGGAUCCUCAAGUAAUGUCAUCUACGAGACAUCAACCUUUACAGGAGCAACCAUCGGUCAUUGUGAUGAAACAACCAAAGUCUCGUCUGCCGCAGUUGCAGCUACCGUCAUUUGGAGGAGCGUAUACAGAUUGGCCGAACUUUUUUGGCAUGUUUCAAACAAUAGUACACGAUGAUACAGAAUUGUCAAACUUGGAAAAAUUCCAGCAUCUUCGUUCUUGCCUCAAGGGAGCAGCACUGGAUACUAUCCAAUCACUUGAAAUGCGUGACGAAAACUACACAAUUGCUAUGAAAUUACUUAGUCAAAGAUUCAGUAAUCGACGUUUGAUUUUUCAGGCACACAUUCAAGAGCUAUUCGGAUUACAGAGGGUGAGCACUGACAAGAAAUCAGGAGAGUUGCGUUCGCUGGUGGACAAAUUAGUAUCGCAUGUUCGAGCCUUGCAUUCGUUGGGUACGUUCGAACAAAUAGCUGAUUGUUUGCUUCAGUAUAUCGCUGCACAGAAAUUGGAUCCCGAAACACACGCAUUAUGGGAAGAAAAGGUUCCAGUUGACGAGUUGCCCACGUGGACGGACAUGACUACGUUCUUGCAGAGGAGAUGUCAAACAUUAGAAAAUGUGAUUCAUGCUAUGGUAACAAAAACACCUAGCACACAGGUGAGCAAUACAAAGUAUCGUAAAAAUGCAUUUGUUGUUUCUAAGACUUCCACCAAAAGUUGUUCGAUUUGUCAAAAACAUGACCAUAUUGUAUACACGUGCCCACUAUUCGCAAGUUUGAGUCCAAGUGACAGGUGGAAGGAAGCCAAAAGAGCACAUCUGUGCAUAAAUUGUCUCAAACCAGGACAUCAGGUGCAGCAAUGUAAAUCUUCUACAUGUCGUUGUUGCUCAAUGAAGCAUCAUACCCUGCUGCAUUUUACUCAAGUCCACCAAGCCGUAACUGGUAUUUUAGAAACCACACCUGGUCCAUCACAGCCAGCUGUCCUCGUCACAAGGACAUCAAAAAGUCGCUCACCUUCACCUCUGUCACGCUCUUGUUCAACUGAAUGUGUGCUUCUUGCAACUGCUAUUGUUUUCGUUCGCAACAGUGUCCGAUCGCUAAUACCAUGUCGUGCAAUCCUCGAUUCUGCUUCACAACUCAAUUUUAUCGUCUUUAGCAGUUUCUGGUAUCGGAGAUUCAGAAUUUAUUGUUAA